AUGGAGAAACAGCUUCUUGCAUAUGUCGACGAAGAAUAUCAUAGAAUACGCCAGGAAUUCUAUAACAAUAAAUUAAUAGAAUCUCAAAAAAUGUUUCUAGAAAACAACCAAAAAAUUAAUGAUCUUCGUCACAACAGAAGAGUUUUACAACAAAUAAAGCCCUUCAUAGGGUCUCACGGGGUUAUUUAUCCCUCGCAAGAAACAAAACGUAGUAAAGCAGCUAAUAAUCCCUCACAAAAGAAAAAAGCAAAGGGCGCGGCUGAGAAGAAAAUGAGGCUCAACUCUAGUGAAUUUAUUGUUCAAAGUAGUGUCCACAAUGGGCCGCUAGUGAAAAAUAAUGAACAAUUUACUUCUAUCUCGCUCAAUAAUUGGAAACCAUUACCGCGAUACACGUUAUGGACACCAAUUCCACAUAGCUCAAAGACAGAAGACGACCCCGUACUACGACAUCUUCAUUAUUUUGGUGAAGAGGAUGAUAAUGAAGAGGAAAUUAAUUAUAUGGAUUUUUAUGACGAUAUAAUCGUUGGAGAAAAAACUCAUGACUUAGAAGGAGAAAUAAUUGCUUUUAAUACGCUACGUAGUUUAUUCGAACAAAAGAAUAUAUCGAUUAAUGUUCUCGAGAAUUGUGCUGCUAGCAGAGGAUUGUCCUUAUGCAAGACACUAUCAAAAUCAAGAGAAACAAAACAACCCAUCAAUGUUGACGAAAUUGACAAUAAAAGUGAACAGGAACAAAUUGCGCUGGCUGAAAUGCUUUUAAAAGCAUCGGAAAAAAUUCUUAAAACGAGCGCUAAAAAUUUGCUGAGUGGUUAUCUAGAGAAAACAUCAACUGAUAAAUCUAAUCAGGAAUCCUUUGCAAUUGUUAAUACGAAUGUAGACAAUCAACCAGAUUUUGUAAUGGCUGAAACAAUGAUGCGUUCUUAUGCAAGUUUAUGGUGUCGUAGAUGUUAUGUGUACGAUUGUGGACUGCAUGGAACGGAAUCUCGUCCUACUAAAAAUAAAAAAAGGCCACCGCUCAUUACACAGAACGAGCCCUGUGGUUCGUUAUGCCACAUGAAUGAAGAAAAUAAACAAGGUUCAAAAUCUUUUGAGGAUUGGAAUUCGUUGGAAAUUGCCCUAUAUAAAAAGGCACGUGAGAUUUUUGGCAAAAAGAAUUAUUGUGCGGUGUCUGUUAUAAUGAAAACAAAAUCAUGUCUGCAGGUAUAUCAACGAGCGCAGUUUUACGAGUCUAAUCCAAAUGAAGAUGAUACUUUGGGCGAGUCUUCUUUUGAUGAAUUGAAACAGCGUGGCGAAAUUGAUGCCGCCGAUCAUUUAGAAUAUCGUCCUUGUGAUCAUCCAGGGAAGGUAUGUGAUAGCACCUGUCCAUGUGUCCAAGGCAACCUUUUCUGUGAGAAAUACUGUCGAUGUGAUUAUGAUUGUUCUCGAAGAUUUUUCGGAUGCAAUUGCAGUAACCUAAAAUCGUGUAAUCUUCGUUCUUGUUUUUGCUUUGCAAACUACCGUGAAUGUGAUCCGGAUAUAUGUUCGUGUUCAGCUUGUGAAUUGCAGAUUUCUGCACAUGAUUUUGAUCGGCGUCCUUGUAAGAAUACUGCUAUUCAGAGAGGAAAAGCUAAGCAUACCAUAGUUGGCAGAUCUGCUGUGGCUGGAUGGGGACUCUUCGUGAAGGAGCCUGUGAAGAAAAAUGAAUUUUUGGGUGAAUACGUGGGUGAGGUCAUAUCACAAGCAGAGGCGGAUAGGCGUGGCAAAAUUUAUGAUAAGCGAGGAACUAAAAAAGUGGUAGAUGCCACUCGAAAGGGCAAUAAAUUUCGAUUUGUUAAUCAUUCAUCAGAUCCGAAUUCAUAUGCACGGGUUACGUUGGUUAACGGAGAACAUCGUAUUGGAUUAUAUGCACAAUUCGAUCUUGAUCCCGGUCAGGAACUGUUCUUUGAUUAUAGAUAUGAAGGAGAAACGCUGAAGUUUGUUCCGUGUGAACGUGAAAACCCUGCAAAAUAA